UAUAUAUUCGUCGAGUUGUUCCUGGCGUACCAAGGGAUACAGUCAGAGGAGUUCCACAAAAGACUAGAAGUGCGUUACCUGCUAUUCAAAUCUUCGCACUGUCAAACUGCUAACUAAGUUUUCUAUUCGUUGGCAGACAUCAAAAUAAUUUCAUAAUGGAUUUCGUGAGCAACUAUCCUUCUAUAACCGGAGAAGAAGAUUCGUCGUUUGUGAGCACCCAUUCAACACUGCAUGAUUAUGAUAAACAAAUAACAGCAAGAAGUAUACCAAAUCAAAGCUGUUUUGAAGAUCAGCAUGGUUUUUUAUUGAAAAACGAAUCUGAAGAAGAGGGUAUAGUCCCUUAUCCAUCAAUAUAUUAUUCACAUGCUGUUCUGCUAAAAGGAAAUUUGAAAGUGAAAAUUCUCAGUUAUGAAAGAAGCGGUUCUACAAUAAGGGCAAAUCCAAAUUUAUAUUUGAUCGAGGUGGAAUAUCAACAUUCAAAAUGGAUUCUACGACGGCGUUAUAAACAUUUCCAACAUCUUCAUAAUCAGCUUCAGUUAUUACGAACUUCAUUAAACAUCCCAUUUCCUUCGAAGACACACCGCGAGCAGAGAGCAAGCUUCAAGGCGGAACUUAAUAAAAGAAAAAUCAAACAAAAUAGUAUUCCUCGGUUUCCUUUAGUACCUGAAGCCUUAGUAUCUUUAGAUCAAAUGGAACUGAGAAUGUCGCAGUUAGAAAAUUAUUUAAACGCUGUUCUGGAAAACGUUGUCUAUCGCAAUCACUUCGAAACGAUGCGUUUUUUAGAGAUCAGUCAAUUUUCAUUCGUUGACCAACUUGGGGUGAAACGAAAGGAAGGAUUGGUGAAAAAACACAAUGGGGAUAAUUCGUCAGUCAAGUAUAAUAUUUACUGCAGAGAAGAAGACGGACAGGCAGGAUGCUGUUGUUACAUCAUCUGCUGUGAAAGAUUUGGAUUUUCUGGAUUUUGGAAAAGAAGAUGGAUUUUCGUCAAAGAUUCGUUUUUUGGUUAUUUUCGACCUGCAACAAAUGAAAUACGAUGUAUACUUCUUAUGGACCAGGAGUUUCAAGUGCGAACAGGAUAUUCUGAAACCGGUUUAAAAUAUGGAAUGAUCGUUUCUAACUCCUGUCGAAAACUUGUCAUCAAAGGCUUAACGAAGAGAGAGACAAAUGAAUGGAUAGACUGCAUUCAACAAGUCAUGAACACUACUGGCAGUGAUUUUGUCCAACUGAAAGGGGAAAACCGUUUCAGAAGUUUUGUACCAGCAAGAGAAAAUGCGGUUUGUGGUUGGUUUGUUGAUGGUGCAGAUUUCAUGUCUACUGUUGCAGAUUUCAUCGAGAAUGCAAAAGAAGAAAUUAUGAUUUCUGACUGGUGGUUGAGUCCUGAAAUAUACAUGAAAAGACCCGUUGUUGAUGGUAACAAAUGGCGACUUGAUACAAUUCUUCGUCGGAAAGCUGAAGAAGGUGUUCGUGUAUUUGUUUUACUCUACAAAGAGGUUGAAAUGGCGCUUGGCAUCAACAGCUUUUAUUCAAAAAAGAUUUUGUCCCAAUUACAUCCAAAUAUUAGAGUUCUUCGUCAUCCAGAUCAUAUUGCCGGAACAGGAACGUUAUUAUGGGCGCACCAUGAAAAAUUAGUUGUAAUUGAUCAAGCUACUGCUUUUGUUGGUGGAAUAGAUCUUUGCUUUGGAAGAUGGGACGAUGAAAAACACAGAUUGACAGAUUUAGGAAGUGCAAGUUGGUCAAAUUCCGCCAUUGGAAUGUUAAAUAUUACCUCAAGUCACACGAAAGGACAGCAAAAACCAGGUGCUGUUUUUCAUUUGGCAAAAACAGCAAAUCAAGUUACCCUUGGAACUGUUACUUCAGAAGCAACAAGGUUUGAUUGUGUUUCAAAAGAGGAUAAUACAGAUAAAUUGGAAGAACAGGAAGAAAACCCAAGCACUACAAAAAAAUCAAGAAAACAUAAAAUUGUACAUUUUCAUGAUGUGAAAUCUAGGGACAACGUACUUCAAUCCAAUAUCCUUAAAAAAACAUUUUACAGAGAAGUUAGUAACAAAAAUAAAAACCAGAACGAAGAACCCGCUAGUAACCUAAAUGUUGCAAAUGAAACACAUAAGGAAUGUGAAGGUUCUACAAAAUUAUGGGUCGGAAAGGACUACACAAAUUUCAUAGUUAAAGAUUCUGAUCACUUAGAUGAACCACUAACAGAUUCUGUUGAUCGUACAACUACACCAAGAAUGCCUUGGCAUGAUAUUGGAUGUGUGGUUUCAGGAAAAUCAGCUCGUGAUGUUGCACGUCAUUUCAUUCAAAGAUGGAAUGCUACAAAGGUUGAAAAGGCAAAGGAAAACAUCGAUUUCCCGUUUUUAGUACCAAAAUCAUACAGUAUUUGUGAUCCUUGUUUGAAGACAAACAACCUUACGACUUUUGCGAACUGUCAAGUCCUUCGAAGCAGCAGUACAUGGAGUGUAGGGUCUCGGAUUACAGAAGAUUCAAUUCAUUCGGCGUACAUUCAUGCCAUUGAGAAUUCAGAACAUUUUAUUUACAUUGAAAAUCAAUUUUUCAUCACGUUAGCUAGUGAUUCUGGAGUCAGUAAUCGUGUGGGAGCGGCUCUCUAUGAUCGAAUUGUUUUAGCUGCAGAAAGAAAAUCUCGAUUUCGUGUGAUAGUCGUUCUUCCAUUGCUACCUGGCUUUGAAGGUCAAAUAGGAACAAAAUCGGGUAUUGCCAUGCAUGCCAUAAUGCAUUGGAAUUACGCCUCCAUUUCUAGAGGAAAACAUUCUUUAUUGGAAAGAUUAAGAUUAACGAAGAUUGAUCCAAUGGAAUACGUAUCGUUUUAUGGUCUUCGAACUCAUUCGCAACUAAAUCAGCAACUGGUUACUGAGUUGAUUUAUGUUCAUUCUAAAUUAAUGAUUGUUGAUGAUAAACUAGUAAUUUGUGGUUCUGCUAACAUCAAUGAUCGCAGUUUGUUAGGAAAGCGAGAUUCUGAAAUAGCGACAAUUAUUGAAGAUUCCUCGUUUGUCGAAUCAUUUAUGGAUGGGAAACCUUAUUUAGCUGGAAAAUUUGCAUUAUCACUCAGGAAGAGACUUUUCCGUGAGCAUUUAGGUUUAUUAAAUAUGGAAAAUGGAUCUAAACAGGAUGUUCGGGAUCCAAUUACCGAUUCAUUUUAUAAAGACACUUGGAUUCGAAUCGCAGCACUUAAUACAAAAAUAUACGAAGAAGUCUUCCGUUGCAUCCCAUGUGACGAGGUUACUUCCUUCGAAAAACUAAGGGAAUUCCAAUCUGUCUUGCCAUUAUCAUUGACAGACCCAGUUGUUGCUGAACAAAAAUUAAAAAAAAUUCAGGGACAUCUUGUACUUCUUCCAUUAAAUUUCAUGAAUCAAGAAGAUUUGACUCCGGCUUCUGGCACCCCGGAAGCUUUAAUGCCAAUGUCUUUAUGGACGUAGCCAUAUUUUUAAACCACUUCCAUGAGGUGUUAAUGGAAUGUGUUCCUCUUUCGAGUCCGUAUUAGAAUUACACAUUUUAGUUGUAAUAUAAA